CGUAGGUAGAGGUCGUUCCCAUUCUGGUUGUGUUGUUUCCCUGCUGGUAGAGGUGGAACUCCACAGAGGUGACUGGAAUGAAGAGGAGGCUUUGGUAUCUGUCUCUACCCUACCGCCUGACUGUAGGGAAGAGACGUACCCCUGCACCAGGAUGUACUCUGUCCACCGGCCCAUCAAGAGAUGCAUCCACUCCCUCUGCCUUUACAGCCUCCCUCGUGUCUAUGUGAUCAACAAGGAGAUAUGUGUUAGAACUGUCUGCCAACAGGAUGAGUACCUGAAGGCGGAGCUCUGCAGGGAGCGGUCCGGCUGGCCCAAACGCUUCCAGAGGUCAACCACCAAUAAGAAACGCUGUCACAAUCGCAGCGGCAAUCCCAAAACCUGGGAAAACAAGGACUGAUGGGCCCAAGAUGGAGGAGUUAGAAGGAGGGGUGGAGGAGGAAGGAGAGAAGGAGAGAAAGAGAGAAGGAGGGGCGGAGGAGGAAGGAGAGAAGGAGUAGGAGGGAGGACACCCUUGGAGACAGAACACUGGGUUAUCUCCAUAAAAAGACCCCAAAACACCAUAAAUUCACCGCUCAACACCUGGUGCUAGCCUGUGCCUUAAUACACAACCACAACCACGCACGCACACAUACACACACAAACAAUAUAUAUAUAUAUAUAUAUAUAUAUAUAUAUAUAUAUAUAAAACACAGUCCACGUGACUCCAGUUAAGAACAGUCCGAGUCAUAUUUCUCAGUUCUUCUAUUAGCCCUGUGUUUUAAUAGAACUGUAUGUGAAUAUCAGGGGAGAAAUCACUCCCCACAGAUUGGACCUGUGUUUUAAUAGAACUGUAUGUGAAUAUCAGGGGAGAAAUCACUCCCUACAGAUUGGACCUGUGUUUUAAUAGAACUGUAUGUGAAUAUCAGGGGAGAAAUCACUCCCCACAGAUUGGACCUGUGUUUUAAUAGAACUGUAUGUGAAUAUCAGGGGAGAAAUCACUCCCCACAGAUUGGACCUGUGUUUUAAUAUAACUGUAUGUGAAUAUCAGGGGAGAAAUCACUCCCCACAGAUUGGACCUGUGUUUUAAUAGAACUGUAUGUGAAUAUAAGGGGAGAAAUCACUCCCCACAGAUUGGACCUGUGUUUUAUUUGACACGGAUCAUGUUCUGUGCCGUUGCGGGCUGUAUAAUACUGUUCAGAUGGAACGCUGUUGAGUUCCUGUAGUUGUGUACUGUAGAGACAGUCUGAGAACAAUGUAUCCACUCUGUCAUUACUGACACCUUAUUGUAAAGCACUCUAUCACAAUCCAAUACCAAAGCAGUGCAAUACUACAAAGCAGUGCAAUACUACAAAGCAGUGCAAUACUACCCAAUAAAAUGUCAUUCAUU